AAGUUCAACCACAUAAAAUGAAUCCGCUUACGAAUAUGCGAAAUGUGCUUAAAUUAAGCGAACUCGAGCUUAAAAAUCCCAGUGCCAAGAGCUGGCAUGAUAUGUACCGUGACUCUGCAUGGAUAUUUAUAGCCGGCUUUCCAUACACGCUCUCCGAAGGUGACAUCAUCUGCGUAUUCUCCCAGUAUGGCGAAAUUGUAAACAUAAAUCUGGUGCGAGACAGCAAAACGGGCAAAUCGAAAGGAUUUUGUUUCUUAUGCUACGAGGAUCAGCGCUCCACGGUGCUGGCCGUGGACAAUUUAAAUGGCAUCAAAAUCAUCGAUCGCACACUGCGCGUCGAUCAUGUGGCAGACUACAAGCCUCCCAAGGACAACGACAAGCUGGACGAGGAGACGCUGCGCCUUUACAUGGAAGGAUGUGCGCCGCAGCCUGUAACUAAACCAAAACCCGUUCCAACUGAGCCCGAAUUUAGUAAAUCCAAUAAUAUAAAGCAGGAAAAAACCAAGCGCAGCAAGAGCUCCAAGGAGAAAAAGCACAAAAAGCGCCGCAAUAGCUCCGAUUAGUCUUAAAAUUAUAAAUAAAUAUUAUUACGUACCCUCACAGUGUGACUUAUAAUUUGUCAU